AUGGCAGACGUAGAAAUGGAAGUCGACGACGUUGCGCCGUCAUCAACGCGCAACGAGUCCGAAAUGCAGACACAUACCAAGGCAACAGCGGUCCGGUCAAUCGAGGGAUGGAUCAUCAUUGUCACAAAUGUUCACGAGGAGGCCGACGAGGAAGCCCUGCAGGACAAGUUUGGGGAUUAUGGAGAAAUAAAAAAUCUUCACUUGAACCUCGACAGACGCAGUGGUUAUGUUAAGGGCUACGCCUUGAUAGAAUACGCAACACUGGAAGAAGCUCGAGCUGCAAUCGACGGGGCGCACAAUACAAAACUGCUGGAUCAAACGGUGCAAGUCGAUUUUGCCUUUGUCAGACCCCCCCCUGGCAAGGGUAGGCAAGGAGGAGGCAGAGCUGGAGGCAGGAGAGGACGCAGUCGAAGCAGAAGUCCCGACGCCAAGGGCAACGACGCAUGA